GGAAACGGCAAAGAAGCUUGGCCUGCUCCGCUACGAGGAUUGCCCUGCCUCCCACCUCCCCCCCUUCCCUCCGGGGCGCUCUUUUUCCCUUCGUGCUUCUCGUUGGGAGCACCCGUCCUCGCCUUCUCAGAGGAGGAGGUAAGAGGAGGACAUACCCAGAGGAGAAAGAGGAGGGAGCCGCACGAGAAAGCAUCGCGGGCAGGGAUAUGAAUCACGAGACCGUUGGUUCGCUUCUGGCCGUCAUCGCGAAUUCGCUCAACGAUGGCCUCCGCAUCAUGAUGUUCGCCGACAAGAAGGCCUGGGGCCCGGACGAGUUCGAGCAGCUGCGCCUGCUUGAAGAGGCCCUCGACGAGGCCAAGAAAGACUUCCAGGAGCUUCCUGACCUCGUCAACGGCCGUUUCUACUACGAGAACGAUCGUAUAGAGGAGUCCCUCGAAGACCUUCGCAUCCUGUGCACGCGGUUCGAGCUGCACACGCAGAACUUCAAGGACUGGGUGCGCAACGGGGGCGUGCCGCCGAUCGAGGCGGCGUGGGCGCGGGAGACGGUGACGCUGCGGACCGAGCUGCACCGCGCGCAGUGCCGCGCCGCGCGCCGCGUCCACAGCGCCCAGCAGGUCGACAACCUGUCGGGCAGCCCGUCGCGCUGCCUCGGCGCCCUGCAGGUCUACCGCGUCCAGCAGCAGCAGCACCGGCAGCGCAGCGACCCCCGCAAGCGCGAGGACGAGGAGCGCCUCGCCUGCGCCCGCGCCGGCCGCUUCGAGCGCUUCGGCAACCAGAACGUCGCCUUCGUCUGCGACUUCUGCGACGGCUUCCUCAUCUGGGACGACCUGCGCGCCAUGCCGACCACCCGCAUCCGCAUGAACCCAUCACCAUCAUCGCCGCCGCAGCCCCCCCUCCCCUUACACCUGGGCGCCGGAAACGCCCCGGCCUCGGCGCAGGGCGGCAGCAGCAGCAGCAGCAACAGCGACCCGGGCGACCUCGAGUCCAGCAGCAGCAGCAGCACGUGGCAGGCGCGGGGGAUCGCGAUGACGAACGGCGAGACGAAGACGGUGGUGUUCGCGCCGGUGGCGGUGGCGAACCACGUGCCGCCCGACGUCGGCGACUGGCGGUCGCGCGUGCUGUGCCCGUACUGCGACGAGUACUACUACGAGGAGCAGGGCGACGACGACAUGGAGCGCGUCCGGUACGUGCAGGACGGCAGCGGCUUCGACGGCAUCGGCGCCUUCCAGGCGCACCUCGAGUGGAGCCACGCGCCCAUCGUGCCCAGCAUCAGCGCCUCCAGCUGCCAGAUCAUGUAGCACGCGCCGCGCCGCGCCGCGCCGCACCGCCCUCCGUCCCCCGCCUCCAGAGAGGGGUGAGGGCGGCGGGAGGCGAGGGUGAAUUCCCCCGCGCACUCGCGCACGUCUCGCGGCGUUCGCGGGAGGGAACCUGGUUGGCCUAGCCCGCGCGUUCUUACCGCGUAGAUUGGGUUUAUUGUAUAUUUUUUUUUACCGUGAGAUGGACAGGAAGGACAGAAGGGGAAGCGCGCGAGGAGGAGCAGGAGGAGGACUUGAUGGCGUUUUAGGCGUCCGCAUCGGAAAAGAGAGGACAGGCAAAAGGAGCGUUCAAGUUAUUCCAUUCCCAGACUCGUUUGACUAGAUACAGAUACUACAACUACUUAGG